AUGCCCGCCUUCCUCCACCACAAGCCCCAACUGGCCUGGUCAUGCCUCCUGCUUGCCCUCCUCCUCUCCCCAGUCGCCCCCCAGGACCCCUCCCCCGGCUCACACCCACUCGCACGGCAUCUCAAGCGUCAGCUGCCCAACCAGACCGGAAGCACCCCGCUCGCCGGCCUGCUCGAUCCAACCAGCGGCGCCAAUCGCAGCGUAGACCCGGCCAAGUCCACCCCGCCAGCCGACCCAGCCGCCUCGCCUCCGCCCGCCCCAGCCGCCUCAGCAACCCCCAACAGUCCACCCAAGGAUCCCGCAGCAUCUCCCAACUCAGCCAAGGAUCCUGCAACAUCGCCCCCCAACUCACCACCCAAGGAUCCUUCACUCAGCGACCCGCUGCUACCUGCACUGCUCGGAUCCCCUUCCCCCGCCGCCGCCGCCCCAUCGCCAAGCCCAUCGCCUGUCCCGAACACCCCCAAAGGACCCCUGCCUCCCACCCCCUCCUCGUCCAAUUCCACCUCACCAUCAUCCUCAACCGUCCCACCCCCCUCCCCGAUCUCGCCAUCCAGAGGGCAGCUGCCCACCCCCGAUCCAACGAGCGCCUCUCAAGCCACACAGUCACCCAGCCCCAGCCCCGACUCCCAGAACAACCGGGCAGCGAAAACACCCCCGCAUAAAGAUGAUUCCAGCAGUGGCUUUGGUGCGACUACUAUCAAACUCAUGGCCAUCAUUGCCGGAAUCGUUGCCGGACUGUUCCUGCUCUGGACGGUAAUCAGGAAGUGGAAGUUCAGCCCCAGCAAGCGAUUUGCCAAGAAGCUAGACGAAUACGACGAGGACGUCUUUGCCCCCCGCCCGCCAUCAUUCCGCGAGAAAAGAACAAACGAUUACCAGGCUUACUCAAUCCCUGCACCACCCAAUACCGCCGGGCCCGCCUUCGGAUCACAGUACCCUUCAUACCUGCCCGAGCGCAGUGCGUCGCCCCAUAGCGCAUUCAGUCCACAACAAAAGGUAGCCUAUCCACACGACCCACACGCCGCCCAAGCUUACGAGGCCCAUCGACUCUCACAUGCCUCCAUCACCCAGCCCCCAGCCAUGUUCGAGCCCAACCCGUACAGGCUGUCGCUUGGCCUCGGCAACAUUCCCCACGCAUAUCCGCCUUCGGAUCAGCAUAAGCCGACAGCCCUUUAA